AGUGGCGGCGGCAGCAGCGGCGGCGGCGGCGGCGGCGGCAGCAGCGGCUGUUCCUCCAAAGGCGCCGCGCGCUCCGGGACACACGUGGGCGGCCGGGAGAUGGCGCGCGGCUCGCGACGUGGCGCGCAGAUCCCGGGACGCGGGAUGGAGGGGCGCGAGUGAGCCGGGGCGGCCGCGCCGCGGGGCGAUGGCCGUGCCACCGCUGCUCCGCGGGGCGCUGCUGCUGUGGCAGCUGCUGGCGACGGGCGGCGAGGCGCUGGAGAUCGGCCGCUUCGAUCCGGAGCGCGGCCGGGGUCCUGCACCGUGCCAAGCGGUGGAGAUCCCCAUGUGCCGGGGCAUCGGCUACAACUUGACCCGCAUGCCCAACCUACUGGGCCACACGUCGCAGGGCGAGGCGGCUGCGCAGCUGGCCGAGUUCGCGCCUCUCGUGCAGUACGGCUGCCACAGCCACCUGCGCUUCUUCCUCUGCUCGCUCUACGCCCCCAUGUGCACGGACCAGGUCUCCACUCCCAUCCCCGCCUGCCGGCCCAUGUGCGAGCAGGCUCGCCUGCGCUGCGCCCCCAUCAUGGAGCAAUUCAAUUUCGGCUGGCCAGACUCGCUCGACUGCGCCCGGCUCCCCACGCGCAACGACCCGCACGCGCUCUGCAUGGAGGCCCCCGAGAACGCUACUGCAGGCCCCACCGAACCCCACAAGGGCCUGGGUAUGUUACCUGUGGCGCCUCGGCCCGCGAGACCACCGGGAGAUCCAGCCCCAGGUCCCGGCAGCGGGGGCACCUGUGACAACCCCGAGAAGUUCCAGUACGUGGAGAAGAGUCGCUCGUGCGCUCCGCGCUGCGGGCCCGGCGUCGAGGUGUUCUGGUCUCGGCGCGACAAGGACUUCGCGCUCGUCUGGAUGGCUGUGUGGUCUGCCUUGUGUUUCUUCUCCACGGCCUUCACCGUCUUCACCUUUCUGCUGGAGCCUCACCGAUUCCAGUACCCCGAGCGCCCCAUUAUCUUCCUUUCCAUGUGCUACAACGUCUACUCGUUGGCUUUCCUGAUCCGAGCGGUGGCAGGUGCACAGAGUGUGGCCUGCGACCAGGAGGCAGGGGCUCUGUAUGUGAUCCAGGAGGGUCUGGAAAACACCGGCUGCACCCUGGUCUUCCUGCUGCUCUAUUACUUCGGGAUGGCCAGCUCACUUUGGUGGGUGGUUUUGACUCUCACCUGGUUCCUGGCUGCAGGCAAAAAAUGGGGCCACGAGGCCAUCGAGGCCCAUGGCAGCUACUUCCACAUGGCCGCUUGGGGCCUGCCAGCUCUCAAGACCAUCGUGGUCCUGACGCUGCGCAAGGUGGCUGGGGACGAGCUGACCGGGCUCUGCUAUGUGGCCAGCAUGGACCCGGCCGCCCUCACUGGCUUUGUGUUGGUGCCCCUCUCUUGCUAUCUGGUACUGGGCACCAGUUUCCUCUUGACCGGUUUUGUGGCUCUCUUCCAUAUCCGCAAAAUCAUGAAGACUGGUGGCACCAACACGGAGAAGCUGGAGAAGCUGAUGGUCAAGAUCGGAGUCUUCUCCAUCCUUUACACAGUGCCCGCCACCUGCGUCAUCGUCUGCUACGUCUACGAGCGCCUCAACAUGGACUACUGGCGCCUCCGGGCCACCGAGCAACCGUGCGCGGCUGCUCCUGUGCCCGGAGGCCGCAGAGACUGCUCGCUGCCCGGGGGCUCGGUGCCCACUGUGGCUGUCUUCAUGCUCAAAAUCUUCAUGUCCUUGGUGGUGGGCAUCACCAGUGGAGUCUGGGUAUGGAGUUCCAAGACUUUCCAGACAUGGCAGAGCCUGUGCUACCGAAAAAUGGCCGCUGGCCGGGCCCGGGCCAAGGCCUGCCGGGCCCCAGGGGGCUAUGGCCGUGGUACCCACUGCCACUACAAGGCCCCCACGGUGGUCUUGCACAUGACGAAGACAGAUCCCUCUCUGGAGAACCCCACACACCUCUAAGGGACAUAGGCUUGGCUAUAGACUCUGACUGCUCCCUCCUUGCCCCCCCCCCCCCCCAGAGACAGCUGAGUAACAGCUGCCCAGCUGUCAAGGUCAGGCCAGCGAGACACAGGGGGCGAAGGACUAGGGUGGGGACCCAGUAAGGCUCACAGCCUUGUCCUUCCUCUCGCAGGGAGGGGACCUAGUUGAGGCCCCAGAGGGUCCUAGGAUAAGAAGGGGCCUAAGAGGGCAGGGUCCAGUGUGGAGUUUAUUUAAUGAUGUAAUUUAUUGUGGCAUUUCUCUGGAAGCUGUGACUGGAAUAAACCCUCGUGUGGCACUGCUGUGUCCUAUCUGGGCUGGAAAGUUGGGCAGACAAGACAGAAGGGGGAGAAACUUCAUCAGCAGCUGGGGGUAAGAGGCCCAGGAGGCUCCGUGAAGGAGAGGGACCAUGGGUCUCUGUGCUUUAUAGGUGUCCUAGACUGUGUGUGUGUGUGUGUGUGUGUGUGUGUGUGUGUGUGUGUUCUCACUUGUCUCAAGACUGAGACCCACGCCUCUGAAGUGGAACAAGGACACCUUCAGGAAUACUCCAGGAGCCCCUGGAGUGUGACAGGGUCACGUCUAGCCCUAGCAGUGCCUUCCAGCCUUUUUGGGGAAACAGGUAAGCUGCUUUUUUACGCUUUUCUUUAAAAAAAAAAAAAAAAAUAAGGGGGCCAAGGCUGUCAGGAUGGCGUGGUGGGUAGAGGUGCUUGCCGCCAAGGCUGAGGACGUGAGUUCAGUCGCUGGAACUCCCAUGGUGGACGAAGGGAACCGACUCACACCAAUUGUGUCUGGACAUCCACAUGUGCACUGUGGAAAACUCCCUUCUAAGAAGAGACAAAGAAAUGUGGUGUCUUUUAAAAAGAAAGCGAGAGAGUUAAGACUUUUCCAAGGCAUCCCCUCAACUGAGUCCAGAGGAUGGCUAUCGUCAUCUAGGAAGAUCGCUGGGUGCUGGCUGGGAAUGUAACUCAGUUGGUGGAGCGCUCACCCAGCACGCACGAAGUCCAGGGGUCCAUCUCCAACAUGGCUUAAAAGAGGCAUGGCUGAGCAUGUUUGUAACCCGAAUGCUUGGGAGGUGGAGGCAGGAAGAUAAAAAUUCAUGGGCAUCUCCCAGCUCCACGAGACUCUAUUUGAAAGAAAACAACAAAAUAAAAAUCAAAAGGGAAGGGGCAGGCCAGACGGCUCAGCGGGUAAAGUUGCUUGCCACCACGCCUAAUUUGAGUUCAACCCCUUGAACUCCCUUGGUAGAAGAGAACCAACUCCCACAAACCUCUGACCCCAUAAAUAGAUGUACAAAUGUUUUCCAAAGAAUUGUUUGGCAAGUUAGAAGCCUUGUCUUUAAACAAAACAAAAAAUUAAAAAAUAAAAAAAAGCAUUAACAACAUUA